AUGCAGACGUCGCAAGUGUACGCAAUCGACCGCGUGUACGGCGACCUGCAGCAGCAGUUUGUGGCCCAGGACGUGCUCAAGGCGCUGUCCCAGCUCGACGCUGUCGUGGGGGACGUGUUCAACCGGUUGGUGCACAAAGUUGCGCAGGAGAAGGACCGCGUUGCCGCCGUCGACGCUCGGAUUCAAGUGUGCCAAGCCAAAGUGAACGCGCUGACGGCGCGACGCACGAGCAACAAACCCACGACUGUGUUCUCCACGUCCAAGUACCCAGCGCCCAAGAACCUGCCGCUGUCGAGGACGCUGUUCUGCGACAAGCCGUACGCGGACGCGCCGCCACUUGUGUCCGAUGCCGACGACGACACGCACUUUUUGCCAGCAGAGCCGCUGCCGCCAGCACAGCGGGGACAGCACAUGGCCGAGGUGAUGGAGCUGUUUGAGAAGGUGAAUGUGUAUCAGCAGACGCAGCAGCCCGAGGCGGACAUGGAGAAGGAAGGACUGGGUCGACUGCCCGAGUAUAUUCCAUCGAUUGGCAGCGUGUUGCUGUUCAACUCGGGGGAGAACCCGUAUCAGAAGUAUACAUCGUGGGACAAUUUAUUGGGCACGGACUACGAGGAAGAAGAGGAGAAACAGAAAGAGUUGGCAAAGGCACCGCGUACGAUCGAGUAUGGAGACGAGCUGCCGGCGGUGCACGGACUUAACUACGAAUUCCAUCCGUCGAUGGGUAUCAUGCCAGACAUGUCGGCGAAGCUGCCGACGAACUUACCGCUCGAGAACAUUGCUGACUACAAGUACGCACAAGAGGGCAGCACGUCAAUUGCGCCUUCUAUGUUUCAGGACAAGACACUACCUGAUCUGCCUGCGAUAGCGAAUUUUGCCGAGGGGCCAGCAGCGCUAGAACCGUCAGAGCAAACCCUCCAGGUAGGCCCGGUAGACAAUAUUGCCCCGCCACCACCACCAGCGCCCAUCGGUGACCUUACUAUAUUCGACGACGGCGCUCCACCCCCGCCGCCGCCGCCUCCCCCACAAGCCGACGAAGACGACGAAUCCGUCCCGCCCCCACCUCCGCCUCCGAUGAAAAACGAUGACGAUGUAGACGCACCACCACCACCACCACCUCCUUCACCACUAACGGUCGAUUUGCCGCCACCAGCUGUGGAAGACGAAGACAGCCAACCUGCAGCCACCAGCUUGUUGGAUCAGAUUCGAAACCCCACGAUCAAGCUCCGAAAGGUGGACCCGAGUGAAAACAAGGCCGAUCCUGUCGCGAAGGUCGGAGACAACGCCAACAAGCCGUUGACUAUUGCUGAAGAAAUGCAGCAGCGCAUGCUACGACGACAGGCUGCUAUCAGUGGUAAGCAGGAUCAAAUGGAGCAGAGACGCGAGCGCGAAAAGGCUGCCAUGAAACCGGUGACAGUACUGACUGCAAAGGAAGUGAUCGCCCCGGCUCAGCCACCUCCACCCCCGCCACCGUCUGAUGACGGGCAGCAACCCAGCACGUUACCUCCGCUGACUAUGUCGGACGAUGGUAGCGACGACGACCGCGGGCGCUUCUCCGAUGGGGAUAAGUCCAAUGACGGUGACGACUUCCUGGCUCAAAUCCGAAACAUCAAGAGGAAACAAGAGGGAGGUGAUCAGCCUGCUGCUCACCCGAAGCAGCCGCCGCAACCACCAAAGACGGAAGCAAGCAACAACCCGGUGGCAAAUUUCGAGUCGCAAAUGAUCGGACUGCGUAACCGCGACGAUUCCCUGAGCAUGUCCGAAGCUUCCGACUGGUCAGAUGACUGA